UCAAACUUGAAAGUUGUUUUUGUGUUUAUUCUGUCAAAAUUCCAAUGCCGCUGGAUUCUGUACACAUUUUAAUUAUUAUAUUAUUGAGGCAUAAAUAUUAAUAAUGGUUUUCAAAUUAGUGCGAAUUGAUUCGCCUUCGCCUUGUAAAAUACCACUGGCGAUUGGGACACACGUGAUUGGGAGAGGGAAGUUUCUUCACAAUGACGACACAGAUAAGAGAGUUUCACGAAACCAUGCCGAACUGGAAGUGACCACUGAUUCAGUAAACUUAAAAUCGUUACACCAAAAUCCAUGUUUCUACAUAAAGAAGAGUGUAGAAACCCACUUACUACAGCAAGACAGCACAGUUCUCUUAUGCCAUGGGGACAAAUUUGGCCUCUUACCAGACCACUUUUGGUACGAGCUCCUACAUUGUCCUGAUCCAGAUACUCCAAGCCCAGCUACCCCUGACACAACAGACAAGGAUAUAAAUAAUGGAGAAGAAGCGGUAAUUAAUUGGAAUGAAGAAGUUGAGGAACAAAAUAAUGUGCCCCCAGAAAAUGGUUCAACUGCUGAAGAAAAUGUUUUACGCUUUAGUGAAGAACAACCACUAGUUUUUGAGCAGAACUCUGAAGAAGUAAAUGGUACCAGAUCAGCUUCACCUUCAUUGUUGAUUGCCCCAGAACCAGAUCAGCCAGUAGACGCCCCAACAACUUCCAACCUACCUGAUAUAGCUCCACCUACUCCCGACUUGCCUGACACCACUGACACAGAAGAUUAUAAAGUACCAAUCAACCUACCUGCUGUUGUAACAAGGUCCCCGGCUAAGAGAGACCACAGUCCGAAUGAUACCAGUCCUGUGGAUUUGAAGAGAGUGAAGAAUGAACGAAUUAGUGAUGGCGAUGCGGCAGGACCGAGUAAUGAUCAACCUUCAUCAAACACGGAUACGAAACCUAAUAUCGCGUCGCCAGCACAACCAAAACCACGGUUAAGAGAACGAUGUUUAUAUGGAGAGAACUGUUAUCGCCGCAACCCGCAGCACUUAUCAGAAUUCUCGCACCCUCGCGACGCGGAUUGGGGCGCGGGCUCGCGCGGCACGUGUCCGUACGGCGCCGCGUGCCGCCGCCGCGACCCGCGCCACUGGGCCGCGCACGAGCACCCGCCCGGCACGCAGCCGCCGCACGCCCGACCAGGUAUGCAAGUAGUCCAACGGCAUGGCAACACUUUCUACAUAAACGCACAUUCCGUCAACUUUUACGAUGACCACUUCCAAGUAGAAGACUCAGACGGAGACAGUGUUGAUUACGAUUACGAGUUCUGAACCAUUGGACUAAAUAUUGAAUCAUGAAAGAAGUUAUUGUUGUGUUCUAUUUUUAAAAUAAGAUUAAUUUAACCAGGUAAUAGACGGAAAAGGAGGCAAAGACAAGAUUCUGUGUCUGAUGAGGAAGAAAGUCUUGAUAAUCUUAUUGUGACUGGGAAGAGAGUAAGGAAGCCCAUUCAAAGGGCGAGUUGGAGCGGCGCGGAGUCGGCUAGCGACGAAGAUCCCUACAAAACAGAUGAGUCUGAUGAAUGGCAGCCUGACAGUAAUGUGACAAACAGCCAAGAUUAUUCACAGGAUUUAUAACAGAUGAAACCAUGAAGUGAAUAAAUUACAGUUAUUUUUUCAAAGA